ACAAAACAUUAUUGUAAUUGUAACAGGUGUGGUGAAGAAUUUUUGUAUGAAUAUUUUUUAAAUCUUAAGUAAAAUAAUUAAAUUUGGUAGAAAAAAAAAUUGUGUUUAAAAAAAUGGUGUCGAUACAAACCGUUGGUAGUGUUGUAAUAAAAAGUUUUAAAUUGCUACUAAAUUUAAUCAUCCUAAUUUUAUACCGAACUGGUUACGAUGGACAACUUUUGGGUGUUGGUGGAACAUGGAACCUAAAUGAGGAUAAAAAUCCAGAUGUGGAAAUAGUAGCAAGUGGUGUAUUUGUUGGAUAUUUCAUUUAUACAUCAGUUACAUUAAUCGCAUUCUGUUUCGGAUCAAAAGAAUAUAAACGAGAACCGGUUGAUAUAAUUAUGAAUUUUGUUGGUGUAUUUAUGUGGUUGGCUGUUGGUGGGGUAGCAAUACAUUAUUGGUCUGGUUAUCAAAAUGAAAAUCACGGACAAUAUGAUGGUGGCGAACGUGCUAAAGGCCUGGCAGUUGGUAUUUUAUGUGUAAUUUCAGGUGCAACUUAUCUAUUGGAUACAGUAUUAGCAGUAUUACAUUAUAUUCGUGAAAAUUUGUAGAUUUAUAUAAAAAGUAAAAUAACUCGAAAAAAAUGUUUCAACCAAACGUUUCCUGGAUAAAAAUAACGUAAUUUCGUCAGCUUGAGUUAUUUAGAACUUGAUUUAAUAAAUUUGUUUGAAACAUUUUGCCACGAUAUAAUUUAUCAAGAGUUAUUUCGCAAUUGCCAUGUUAUAAAAUAGGCACCCUCAUUUUAGGUUUUCUUAAUUUUUUUCGAA